AUGGACGCGACGGGGCAGCAGGAGCAGCAUACAGGAAAUGGAGGCGGAGAUCGCUACGGCGUGCUUCUCUACUACAAGUACGCCGAGGUGCCCGACGCCGCCGAGCUCGCCGCGUUCUACGAGGCGCACUGCAGCGGCCUCGCGCUCGUCGGCCGCGUCCGGGUCGGCCCCGACGGCGUCAACGCCACGCUCGGAGGGCGGAUGACCGCGCUGGAGAAGCACGUCGCGGAGUUGAGCUCCAACGCCUUGUUCGAGGGCACGGAUUUCAAGCUGGCGUCCUGCGACGACCCUGUCGACGAGAGGGUCGCCAGGGAGUGCGGCUUCUCCUCGCUCUCCGUUCGGGUCGUCAAGGAGCUAGUUACCCUGUGCUCCAACCCCACGUCGGCACCCCCAGAGAUCUCGAGUGCUGGGAGACACUUGUCGGCGGCUGAGUUCCAUUCAGUGCUCCAGAAUGUUGCUGGGACUAGUUUGGAUGCUGUGGCAUAUGCGGAGAAGAAGGAAGUGGUUGUCUUGGAUGCAAGGAAUGUAUAUGAGACUCGGAUCGGCAAGUUCAAUGUGCCAAAUGCGAAGACCUUAGACCCGGAAAUUAGGCAAUACAGUGACCUGCCUUCUUGGAUAGACGAGCAUGCUGAGCAGCUGCGUGGGAAAUCUAUUCUUAUGUACUGCACAGGAGGUAUACUCUGUGAGAUGGCAUCAGCUUAUAUUCGCUCAAAAGGUGAAGGAUUUGAGAACGUUUUUCAGCUAUUUGGUGGCAUUCAGCGGUAUCUGGAGCAAUUUCCAGAUGGUGGCUAUUUUGAAGGAAAGAAUUUUGUAUUUGACCACAGGGUUGACCUUGCUCUAAGGCCACUGCUCAGACAAACCUUCACCUCUGUCUGUGACACCAAAACGGAAAUUGCAUGGCUCAUUGCUCCAAACUCCCACUGUAACCCUGAGCAAGACUGGAGGGCUGCAGAUGUGCCGUUUGACCCUCUUCAGUACCAGCAACAAACCGAAGGCUUUGAGGAAUCAUACACGUACCUUGAAAAUGCAAUCUCUCACAUGGGGAGCUUCGAUGGAAUCCUGGGCUUCUCUCAGGGUGCUGCCAUGGCUGCCUUAUUCUGCAGGCAGCAGCAGAAGAUUUGUGGCUCUCCAAAGUUCAGGUUUGGGAUGUUCUGCUCCGGAUACCCAGCACCUGUGGGCGAUUUCGGCAACGAACCAAUCAAGCUCCCCUCGCUCCAUUGUUUCGGCAAUGGGGAUGGUCAUGAUAAGCAGAUAGCAAACAGGGCGAGCGCUGAACUUGCUGGUUUGUUCGACCAGGAUUGCUGCUCCGUUGUUGAGCAUGAUAUGGGCCACAUAAUCCCCACCCGGUCGCCCUACAUCGAUCGGAUAAAGGAUUUUCUUUCCAGUUUCCUAUGA